AGAAAAAACCCUAGCCGACUCCACCACCAAAGUUCCCAGCGAGCGACGAAGAUGCCUUCCAAAGUGUUCGGCGGUGACAUUCCUGAGAACAAAGGCCCCGUUGAGCUCGAGGUCGACGACGAAUACCGUCGUAAGUUGGAAUUCAACAGAGAGCGCGAGGAUAGAAGGCGAUACGCCAAAGCGGUGGCGGAAGGUGAAAUCGUCGAGGACGAAGACGAAUCCAAAGAAUCCGAAGACGUUUCUGACCCAGAGGAGGAGAUCGGAGUUGAUGAAGUCUCCACGUGGAUCAAAUCUUUAAAUAAGUUAAAGGAACAUGACCCUGGGUUUCUAGCUACAGGACAGAUCGAUGAUGCUGAGAAGAAGGAUCGUAAGAAGAAGAAGAAGAAGAAGAAGACGAAAAUGAAGGUGAUGCACAUCAAAGAUGUUCAGGCGCAGCAUUUGCUCGAGCAUGGUCCAGAUGCUGAUGAGGAAGAUGAAGGGAGGAGUAGCAUGGUUCAGAGUUACGGCGAGCAGCAGGAGGAGCUGAGACGAGCUGUGUCUGAUGCUCUGGAGGCUGGAGGGGAGGAGAGCGAUGAUGAUGAUGAGGAUCUCUUCAAAGUCAAGGAAGGAGAUGAUGAUUCUGAAGAGGAGGAAGAAGAUGAGGAUCUUAAGGAGAUGGCUGAUGAGUACUUCGGUAAAGAGUCUGAGCUUGGUGAGGGCGACAAGUUCUUGAGAGAUUACUUGCUCAAACAGAUGUGGAAGGAUAAAGAUGGAAAAGGCAAAACCCAAGUGAUUGAUGAAGCAGAGCUUAAGCAGAUCUCAGAUGACGAGGAAUUGGUUAUUGAGCAGGAGGAGUUUGAGACCAAGUAUCGUCAUGAGGAGAAGAAUGCAGCAGGGGGCAUUGUUAUGGGUCAGUCUAGGAUCGUUGAAGAUUCCGUGAGGAAGAAGGAUAACCCGAGGAAAAAACAGAGGGAGAACAAGGUCGAUAGGAAGAAAAUUGCUGAGAUUGAGAGGCAAGAAGAGCUUAAGCGGCUCAAGAAUGUCAAGAAGAAGGAGAUUGAGGAGAAGAUGAAGAAGGUUCUUUCUAUUGCUGGUUUUAAGGAAGGGGAAGAGUUUCCUUUAGAUGCACGAGGCCUGGAAGAUGAGUUUGACCCCGACGAGUAUGAUAAGAUGAUGAAAGCUGCUUUUGAUGACAACUACUACGGUGCUGAGGACUCAGAGUUGCAUAGUGAUGAUGAUGAGAAGCCUGACUUUGACAAGGAAGAUGAACUCCUUGGACUCCCAAAGAAUUGGGAUGUCAUUCAAAGUGGGGAUGGGUUUACUGCCACCAGAGAAAAGGUUUUGAAGCAAAAUGAGGAUGAUGAAGAACCUGAAGAGGAAGAAGAAGAAGAAGUGGAUGAGGAAGAAGAGAGAGAGGGUAAGAGGAAGAGAAAGAGAAAAGCAUCUCUUGUGAAAAGAGCCCAGGAAGCUUUGAUGGAGGAGUACUACAAGCUAGACUAUGAGGACACAAUUGGAGAUUUGAAGACAAGGUUUAAGUUUGCUAAAGUACAACCAAACAGCUAUGGGCUGGAGAAGGAAGAGAUACUCUUCUUGGACGACACUGAGCUGAACCAGUACGUACCAUUGAAGAAGAUGGCUCCGUACAUGGAAAAGGACUGGGAGGUGAACAAGUACAAACUCAAGGAGCAGAAACACAAGUUCAGUGAGUUGCUGGAGAGGAUUGAUGAUCCUGAUGAGAAGAGGAGCAAGAAGAGGAGCAAGAAGAGGGAUCGUGAAGAGAAGCGAGAUGCUGUUGUUAAGGAGAAGAAGCCAGCAGCACCGAUAGCAGAUGAGGAAGGCGAGGCUGGGACAAGCAAACUGUCGAGGAAGGCGAAGAGAAGAAGACGUGAAGCUGAGAAGAAGCUUCCUCCUAACAGAAUGGUUGCUUAUGGGAAGACAAAUUGAACAAAAGAAUUAAGUAAGAGAAUAAUGGUCCUUUUACUCUCUUGAAUCGAUUUUGAUGUUUGGUUUCCUAGUUUUGAUUUCGUAAUAUUUUGUUGUUCCUGGUUUUAUUACACAACUCUUUGAUUUGUUUCUUUUGGUUGUGUCCCUUUGGUAUGUUAUAAAUCGUCUGAAACUCAAUUGAAAUAUUGAAUUGCUUAUCCUUUGUA